GACAUUUUGACACGUUGUAUCUAUUAAGUGCAACCUUUUUACUUUAGACAUGGGUGUUUAUACCCUAUUAUCUUUUUUCUCAGUAAAUGUCGCUAGCUAAAUGUAAUCUGGCGUAGUAGUAGUUCUUGGCUUGUCUGGCUGGGUGAAGCACUGUUCCUGUUUGAGAUUGGAUUGGGUUUGUGUUUAUCCAGAUUUGUUUAAAGCUCACUUCCUGAAAAUCAGCACCUAACCUGUCCACCUUAUUCGUUUGUGGAAUAUGGGUCUUAUAACCUUCUUUGUAGAGGUUAAUUCUGUUUGUAACAUCAAAAUGUCUGAGCAGAAUAGCAAAACAAGACAAAGAAAAGCAAAAAACGACGGAAAGGGUGACUUAGAAAAUCCAUCAAGUGAUGGAAAAGAUAAAAAGGUAGUAGCACCUAGAUCUGCAACAAUUAUAAUCUUACAAGUUCUCGCAGUUAUUCUGGUUGUCUUCACAAUUUAUGUUAUCAUUGUACCAAGUCCAAUUGAUCCAGUCAUUGUGAAAAAUGACCCACUUCCAUAUUUUGAUGGCGUUAUGACUCCAAACACCAAGCUACAAGAAAUAACAAAGAUUGGACGUGCAAAAUUAAAUGGUCCAGAAUCUAUCCAAGUUGAUCGUGAUGGUAAUAUAUACACAGGUCUCCAUGAUGGCAGAAUAGUUAAAAUUGCUAAGUCUGGUGAAAUUAUUGAAUUAGCAAGAACUGGUGAACGCUUGCCAAAUUGUGGUGAAACCGAAGUGGAGCAUAGGUGCGGUCGCCCUCUUGGAUUGCAGUUUGAUCAGAACCAAGAAAACCUGAUAAUUUGCGACGGGUAUCUUGGCUUGAUGAAAUUAAAUAUAGAAACAUCUCAACUAACUACCUUAAUCCCAGCAUCUGUUGGCGUGCAUGACACCCCAUUUAAAUUUUUAAAUCAUUUAGCGGUGGCAAGCGAUGGGAAAGUAUAUUUUACAGACUCCAGUUGGAGAUGGGGUCGUAGAGAUUUUCCUUAUUUGAUCCUGGAAGGUGGUGGACAGGGGCGUUUACUUUCGUAUGAUUUAAACACUGACGAAUCUGAAGUGCUGUUAAGUGGGUUGUUCUUUUCGAACGGUGUUGCUUUGUCUCCCGAUGAAGAUUUUGUUUUGAUUUCAGAAACUACUGCAAGCCGUAUUAUGAGAUAUUUUAUUAAAGGUUCAAGAAAAGGUAUUUAUGAUGUUUUCUCUGACAAUCUGCCUGGUUUGCCCGACAACAUACGCCCGUGCAAUGAAGGGGGCUAUUGGGUUGCUUUGCCUUCUAUUCGAAAAUGGCCGUUCUCUUUUCUGGACAUCGUUGGACCAUAUCCAAGGCUGAAGUCCGUUAUCUCUAAGAUAAUGCCAAAAAGCAGUUUCGCUGGUUUGAUCAAAUCAUACGGUUUAAUAUUAAAGCUUGAUUACUAUGGAGAUAUAAUUGCGAGUUAUCACGACCCGGAUGGAAGUGUGAUUUCACGAAUUAGUGAGGUUUAUGAAGAUUCGAAAGAACGUGUUCUCUAUCUUGGAUCCUUUCAAAACGAUUUUCUUGGGAAAUUGAGACUAGAACGCGAAUAGGUGUGGAAAUAAUGUUCAGCAACUCAUUGUUAUGUUGUUAGUUUAUUUAUUUGUUUGUUUGUUUGUUGGUUUGUUUUGUCCACUUAGAUUUUAUUAUAUUUCUUUAACUAACUUUUUAAAAGUUUAUAUUUUCUAUGAAAGAAGAAAAAAAGGUAACCUGUAAACUUGACCUGGAUUUUUAAACUAUAAGAAAUGUCUAGUUUUGUAAACGAUUAAAAUAACCAGCAAUUGAUGUUUUUUUCUUUGCAAUUGAUACAAAACUUUCGUGAACAAAUUAUACUCCUUUUGUUCUUUUUUCGUGUCAAAUUUUUAGAAUUAAAUUUUCAUAUUUUUACUAGGAAAUAUAACACAGUGCAUGCUGCCAUUCACUGUUUAGUGCAAAUUGCCCAUCGUUGUCGAGCACAUAUUUUUAUGCUUUUUAAAUUUCAAUUACAGACGUGUAAACUAGAGAGGAGUAUUUCGAGCAGAAAAAUAUAAUAUAUGACAACUGUUUGGCGUGUAUUUUUACGAUAUUGUUUGUGUAGAUUUUAGAUUUUUAACCUUAAAAACAUCUUUUAUUAUGA